UAGCUGUCAGAUAGUGCAGAGAGAGGGAGGGAGAGAGAAAGAGAGAUAGAGUGAACACCCACCCAGGCUUCCUCGGCUCUUUAUAUCAAACCCUCCGUCACUCGGCGCCUCCUAAAAGGCACUUCUCCGCUCCACCGGCCGUCUCGCUGUUGGGCGGACCUGCACUUUUUUUACGCACAUUCAGCCCGAACUAACCGCGAAUCUUCGGAGUUCAUUAACAAGAAGAAGCGAGAGACAGGGGAGAGACAUGGCCACGACAACCUGUACGCGAUUCACAGAUGAAUAUCAGCUGUACGAGGAGCUGGGGAAGGGAGCAUUUUCAGUGGUGCGCAGAUGUGUUAAGCUGUGCACAGGACAGGAGUAUGCUGCUAAAAUAAUCAACACCAAAAAGUUAUCUGCAAGAGAUCACCAGAAGCUGGAGCGAGAGGCUCGUAUUUGUCGUCUGUUGAAACACCCCAACAUCGUUCGUCUUCAUGACAGUAUAUCAGAGGAGGGCUUCCACUACCUCCUGUUUGACUUUUCUCAGGCUAUGCUGAGAGAAGGAUUAUGGGAAUUCAAGAGUGUAAAGGCUCUGGAGACAGACUUGUAUGGUCCUUCAGUAAGCCAACAGUGUGCCAAAGCCCCCUCCUUGGUGUUUGCAUGCAGUCAUUGCAUCCAGCAGAUCCUGGAGGCGGUGCUUCACUGCCAUCAAAUGGGCGUGGUGCACCGGGACCUGAAGCCAGAGAACCUGCUCCUGGCAAGCAAGUGUAAGAAUGCUGCAGUGAAACUGGCCGACUUUGGCCUCGCCAUUGAGGUGCAGGGGGAUCAGCAGGCCUGGUUCGGAUUUGCUGGCACACCGGGGUAUCUGUCCCCUGAGGUUUUGAGGAAGGAGGCAUAUGGCAAACCUGUGGACAUCUGGGCCUGUGGGGUGAUCCUCUACAUCCUGCUGGUGGGCUACCCUCCUUUCUGGGACGAGGACCAGCACAAGCUGUACCAGCAGAUCAAGGCUGGGGCUUAUGAUUUCCCAUCCCCAGAGUGGGACACAGUCACCCCAGAGGCCAAAAACCUGAUCAACCAGAUGCUGACGAUCAACCCAGCCAAGAGGAUCACUGCUCAAGAGGCCCUCAAGCACCCAUGGGUCUGCCAACGAUCCACAGUGGCAUCUAUGAUGCACAGACAGGAGACCGUGGAGUGCCUGAAGAAAUUCAAUGCCAGGAGGAAACUCAAGGGGGCCAUUCUUACUACCAUGCUGGUUUCUCGAAAUUUCUCCGUGGGCAGCAGGCAGACCACCGCUCCAGCCUCUGUCACUGCAGCUGCAGCAGCUGUGGCUGCAGCCGCCGGCACCACAGCAGGGCUGGUGGAACAAGCCAAGACUUUGCUCAACAAAAAGGCAGAUGUCAAGCCCCAGACAAACAGCACCAAAAACAGCAUAGUCACCAGCCCCAAAGGAAACAUCCCUUCACCCGCUCUGGAACCUCAGACAACUGUCAUCCAUAAUCCGGUGGACAGGACAAAGGAAUCGUCGGACAGCAGCAACACCACUGUGGAGGACGAAGAUGUGAAAGCACGCAAGCAAGAAAUUAUCAAGAUAACCGAACAGCUGAUAGAGGCCAUCAACAACGGAGACUUUGAGGCAUACGCUAAGAUCUGCGACCCUGGACUGACUUCAUUUGAGCCGGAGGCCCUGGGCAACCUGGUAGAGGGAAUGGAUUUCCACAGAUUCUACUUUGAGAACCUUUUGGCUAAGAACAGCAAGCCGAUCCACACCACCAUCCUGAACCCCCAUGUGCACCUGAUCGGCGAGGAUGCAGCCUGCAUCGCCUACAUCCGCCUGACUCAGUUUGUUGACGGCCAGGGUCGGCCGCGGUCCAGCCAGUCAGAGGAGACUCGUGUCUGGCAUCGCAGAGACAGCAAGUGGCAGAACAUCCACUUCCACUGCUCAGGCGCACCAGCUGCGCCACUCCAGUAAGGGUUAAGUGCUGUAGUUUCAUCUGUCAGGAGUGCUCUGCUGGAGAGAGGAGGAGGCAGAGGAGGAGGAGGAUGAGGAAGGUGUGAAAGAACACGUCCAGCAGUGCUCUGGGAGCUCUUUGUCCUCCAACAACAAACUGGACGCCCGGCCUCAACCCCCUCCCAGCAUGCGUCUCUUCUUUUACUACUACUGCCCCCUGUUUGUCACCUGUCCUACCGCACCUUCUGACAACCGUCGAACAGCAGCAGCGUCCUUCAUCCCUCACGACUUCCUCUUCUUCCCUCCGGCACGCUGGGUGUUUGAUGGGGGUGGGGGUGUUUUUCAGCACUGGGUGUGAUUCCUUCCUGUGGUCUUUUGUGACACCAACCCUCUUGUCCUCCUGUGAAUCCACACUUGUGUGACAUAAACACUGCACUGGAAAUACAGUAUGUAAAGUUUUAAGUAAAAUCUAUUAUCAUUACUCUAUUAUUAUGAUUAUUAUUAUAAUUAUUAUUACACAUUUGCAAUUGUAUAUGUAAUUUGUAUAAUUCAGAUGAUGCCAGUGGUUUUUAGAGUUAAAGAAAAUCGUUUUUUUCUCUAUCUUUUUAAGGAAGCAUGUCCCCCUGCCCCAUAUUUACAGUGGCUGUUUUUUAUUGUGGCUAUUAAGUGGAAAUGAUAUUGGCAGUUUUUGUAAUUUGCUUCAUGUAUGUUAGCUAUAACAGUGUGCCCAAACUCAUGGUUAACAUGUUUUUGAUUGUGCGUUUGCAGUUUUAUUUUUUAAUGUUAUUUUAAUUGUAUUUUCUU